AUGGCGGACCACAGGCUCAGUGCGUCCAGCUGGGUUGGCAGGAGCUGCGGGCCCUGGCCGGCAUUCCCUACCUUCGAGAACACAAAGCAGUGGGUAUUUCUGAGAAACAGACUGGAUGACUUCCAGUGAGGGUGCCCUCCUUGGGAAGGUAUAAUCACUCGGGGCCUUCAGGAGCUCUCCGUCCCCCAGACAAAUCACCGAGUCCCCAGACCUCCCCCUGCUAAGAAGGCAGAACAAGCUGCCUAAGGAAGGAGACUCUGUUCCAAGCUCUCACCAGCCUGGAAGGUACGGGCAUUCGUGGCAGACAGUGAAGCCCAGCCGACCCUGCAGCCCUUGGCUUACUACCUGAAUCUGGGAGAAGAGCUCCUGUCUGAGGGUUGUGGGAGGCUCUUACUAAAGGCUCUAGAAGUGCUGGAUCCUGACAGGAAACUGGAGGACACAUGGGCUCAUUGUGAGGACAUCAGGAAAAAUCCAAAGGAACGUGUAAAACGUUUUAAAAACCAUUCCACCCAAGACCACCUGGGACUUCCCAAGAGCACUCCUCCAUCGCGUCCAGGCUCAUUGCUUUAUGAAAUGCAGAAGUCAAGUGAAAGGGACUCGCUCUGUGAAGAUGGCCCGCUUCUCUACGAAAAUGCACGCAAAGCAGUCCGUGACUUCUGCAAAUGGGCUAGUGAUACUCCAUGGUCAAAUAUCUCCCUUAGAUUAAUGGAGAAAGCAAGAAGCACUUCACCAUUUGUCCUUGACUUACGCAGUGUGAUAUUUUUCCAGGCAAGUGUGAAGAUUGAUGAAGCAUUUGUCAUAAAACAAUUUGACAUCGACUAUCAGAGCAAACCAAGCUGCGGUGGACUCCGCCUGAUGAGACUCGACCAGGUCCCUCCGGAAUUAAGGAAGGGUAUGGGGCUCAACAAACGGCAGGAGGCGGCAUUUUUCAAGGAACAACAGCAGAAACUUGAGAAUCCUUCUAAACCAAAAUACGUGAAGAUGAGGUAUGGAGCGUGGUAUCUCAACCCCAAGCUGUGGAAAAAGCAAAGAGCAGAUGAACCUUUGGUUGACCCCAAGGUCUUACGUAAAGCUCAAGAUGAGAAUUUAAAAAGGGAGCUACAGGAAAAGGAGGAGUUAUAUUCAUUUGCAAAACUUUAUGGACCAGUUGCCUUUAAGGAAUUCAUUCUACGGAAGGGCUACAGAAUGCCAAGUUUCCUUGAGAAGAUAAAUGUCAUGAAGGAAUGUAAAAAGGCUCCUGUGAAAUAAUUUAGCAUAGAAGAAUUUGGGAAGACAAUUAGACAGAUUUUAUUUACUGUAUAGUAUUUGGCUAUUAACUCUCUCAUUAAACAUUACACAUAAUUUAUGAUGAGUGUCUCACCAUGGAUGUACAACUUUGACUUGACAAUAUUAAUAAAUUUUAUACUUAAUA